AUGAAAUCGAUAAAAUCCGAUGAAUUCGAUUUCGAAAUUAAUUUUCAAAAUUCAAAAUAUCACAAAUUAAUCGAAUUAACUAAAAUGAAUUUUAUCACUAGUACUAGACGGGCAGCCUGCCCGUUGCGACCUAGAAAAGAGCAUCCCGAACCGAAAACUACUUCAUUUUAAAAGCCUCAUUAGACGGAGCGCGCGAGCGGUUGUUAUUUUCAUUUCAUUUUCGUAUUUGAUUGUGCAGUUUUUUAUUACAUUUUAAGUUACGACUUUAAGAGUGUUAAAGAUUUAUUUCUGGAAAUUUUGAUGAUAUUAAUCGGGUGGUUUUGUUGUUGUGACGGCGGAGAUCUACUGCGGAGUGGUGAGCGAAGGUGAAGAAUCAACACCGUGCGAGCUGAGUUCGCGUGCAGCCGGGAGAUGUAGAAUGGAGUUUAGACGAAUUAAAUUCGUGGACGUGGCUCCAUCGGAGGCUGAGAACGGCCGGAAACGCCAGAAGCUCCAAGUUUACGCAGACUCAUUUGCUCUAGACUGUAAAAGAGAAGAAGAUAAUUCUGUCUCCGUUGAAGAGGGGAACAAACUAACGGUAAAACUUAAAAAUGGUAGAUCGAAAAAGAAAGGAACCAUAGUGAAAAACCAUUCGAGUCCAUCGCUUUUGAUUCCUGUAAUCGAUUCAGAGUUGUAUCCUAAAUUCGGCAUCUCUUCGGUUUGUGGAAGGCGAAGAGACAUGGAAGACGCCGUCGCUAUUUACCCGUCCUUUCACCGCCAAGGCCAUGACUCUGCCGCCAUUGGCUUCCAUUAUUUUGGCGUCUACGAUGGCCACGGUUGCUCUCACGUGGCGAUGAGGUGCAGGGAGCGGUUACAUGAGCUGGUGAAAGAAGAAUUGGAGAGUGAGGAAGAAGCAUGGAAAGGUGCGAUGGAGCGUAGCUUCACGCGCAUGGAUAAGGAAGUGAUCAAGUGGAACGAGAGCGUGGUUGGAGCUAAUUGCCGAUGCGAGUUACAGACUCCCGAGUGCGAUGCCGUUGGAUCUACCGCCGUUGUCGCUGUCAUAACGCCUGAUAAAAUUGUUGUUGCUAACUGUGGUGAUUCGAGAGCUGUUUUGUGUCGUAAUGGCAAGCCCGUUCCUUUAUCGUCUGAUCACAAGCCGGAUCGUCCGGAUGAGCUGAACCGGAUCCAAGAAGCGGGUGGUCGGGUCAUUUACUGGGACGGACCUCGGGUCCUCGGAGUCCUCGCAAUGUCCAGAGCGAUAGGUGAUAACUACUUGAAACCUUAUGUGAGCUGUGAGCCGGAGGUUACAAUUUCGGAUCGGACUGCAGACGACGAAUGUUUGAUUUUGGCGAGUGACGGUUUAUGGGACGUGGUGUCAAAUGAUACCGCGUGCGUGGUGGCGCGCACGUGUUUGAGGGGAAAGGGUGAUAUACAGGCGCCGACACGUACGCCGCCGAAAGGAAUGGUAGCAGAGGCGGUCGUAGGGUCCACGACGGGACGGGGCGUAGGAGAGAUCUCGGACACGGCGUGCACUGACGCGUCCGUGUUGCUGACAAAGCUGGCGUUGGCCAGGCAUAGUACGGACAAUGUUAGUGUAGUGGUGGUGGAUUUAAGGAGAGCCGCGUAGGCUUUUAAGUUUCAAUCUUGUUCUCUCUCUAUUCUCUUCUUAUUGGUUUUUUAACAAGGCUAGCUAGUUUAUGGGGGGCGUGAAAACUGAAAAAAAAAUUGGGUUUUUUCGAUAUUUUAUUUUUAGCCCUUUUUUGAAGGAGAACACAGAGAGGGAUGAAAGUAGUGGGGGUGAAAAAUGGGGAAAUUUGAAUACAAAAAUAUACAGUCAAAAUGAACAUUGGACCAGCUUUUGUUGGUUGGUUCGUUUUCAAGAAAUGAAAAUCUUUUAGCCGAAACUUAAUGAAAAGAGUUUAAGAAUAGG